AUGUCUACAGACGUGCAACCGCCCACGCCACCCCCGCACAUCAAUCAUGUGCAACAUCACUUACCGCGCCGCCUCAGUCUCCGUAGCCUCUCACACAGUCUAUCCCGAGCAUCUCUCAAUACAGAGUCUCCUCAACCCGCUCACCGUCGGUCUACCUCACUGCAAAACUUAGUAUCACGUAUACUUCCAACUCGCCGUGAGGAAAAGGGACAUACAUUGCGACCCGACCUUCAAAAUGAAGACACAAAUCACUCUCAGGAUCUUGCUGUUGAUUUCAUACCUGGACUCAAACUCACACAUCCUUCAGAGAAGAUCAAACAUGGCCAUUCUACUCUGACAACGAAGGUUGGCGUUUCAAGCCGGUCUUCUCGGAACAGAUGGGGCCAUUCUAGUCGGGGUGACAAUGCAGAGACCGUCCAGUCAAAUGGACAUGGACGACUGAGUAAAACCUUCGGGCCCCAACUCAAGGUUAUUGAAAAAGAAAAGCCCAAGAUGGCCCCGCGGGCUGAGAGAAUGGUCAUGAAUUCUCAGGCGUAUUCUCUGAAGCGCUCUUCGCAAGAUCCAGCAGAAGCCGAGAGUCAUGCCAUUAUCGUUGUUGAACCUAAAGAAUCGAAACCCACAGUGGAGAAGGAAGUUUCUAAAAGUCAACAAAUGUUUGAGGAGAAGAAGGCUCGUCGCAGGGAACAAAGACGAGCCCUACAAGAGAGCGGCGACUUCCUUGGCGUCCAGGGCGCUAAUCCAAGAACUGGCUACUGGGACUCCAGUGAUGCGACUAGUAGCACUGAGUUGAGUCAAACAACGGAUGAUAUGAAGAAUAAGCUCGAAGUGCGAGCCACAGAGAAUGUCGAUAUGAAAGAACAGUUUGCAAAAUCUAAAGCCGCAGAGGCUCAGCAUUACACGGAAAUGGAGAGAGCUGAGUCAGACAGGGACCUAAGGAAGAAACAGAAAGCAGAGCGGAAGGAGCUCGAAUACAAUUUGAAUCAGAAGCGUGUACCAAGGUGGAAAGCUGCCGAAAAUGAAUGGAGCAGCAUCGCGGAGCCUGCAUUGAGCCCAAUUGAGCAGUCAUUGGCUGGAAGUCCAAUGAGAGAGACUGCACCUGAAGGUCAGAUUCUCCCGGUACUCACUGGAAAAAUUGCAUCCCAUCAUGUCCCCCAAACCCCUACCAAGCCGAGAGACUACUUUGUUGGCCUCCCAACCUCAUUUUCCCCUUUCGUAUGUGAGCGAUCCAGCAGCAAGCCUGCCGAAUCUGCCUACAAAAUGUCACCGGAAACAACGAUCCCUCGAAAGCCUGUGGGUUCGUACAAUAGUCGCCAGCAAGGCAACAAGUCGGACGAUACUGUACUUCAUCUUAAUAUCAAGAAGCAGAAGCCGGCUGAACAAACAUCAAGUCAGAAGGAGGACUCUUUCAAAGUUCUUCCCGACAUCACAAAGUAUCCAGAAGCUAAUAACAUGCUACAUGAUACAUACCAUAUCAAGAAGCCACACCCAAGUGAGACUUCUAAAAUGGUAAUGGCACCAGUCGGAAAAACCGGGUGUCUUGAUAAUCACACAUUGAGUCAAAAGGAGGACCCUUUCAAAGUUCUUCCCGACAUCACAAAGUAUCCAGAGGCUAAUAAUGAGCUACAUGAUACAUACCAUAUCAAGAAGCCACACCCAAGUGAGACUUCUAAGAUGGUAACAGCACUAGCUGGAGAGACUGGGUGUCUUGAUAAGCAAACAUCAGGUCAAGAGCUGGACUCUUUUUUAGACCAGUUGGAAUCCGAAUCGGGCCCGCGAGUCGAAAACAAAAGUACAGCGACCUCAUGCCAGUCAGUAUCGACGAAACAAGUCGAAAUCCGCCAGCCAUUGGUCCAAAACCAGCAGGCUUCCAUCCAGGAAAAGCGUAUUCUCCCGCUCAACCUACCCCCAGUGUACUUCAAGGAUCCUGUGGCAGCCCGCACCCCACAGAACUCCCACCCACUGAGCCACCCGCACCCAGCAGUAUGGGCUCCCCCCAAAAUCCUCGACACGGAGCCGGACAUUUUCCUAUCGUCCAACACCUCCACCACCACCACUAUUGGUUGCUUUCAAAAUCAUCCCAUCCCAUGCCAGUUCUACGGCGAGGGCGAGACGGUGAAGGACCUGAUGAGGCCUUCACCACUCCGUCGCAAACUGAGCAACAUCCCUCUACGUACAAUGUACCACUUAGGUACAAACAACGUACAGAGCAACACGCUCGGCAACGGGUCCCCAACCACUCCAGUCGACACCGUUAUAUCAUCGGAACACAAACUGGAUCAGACGAAGCAGAGGACCUUAAAAUUGUGUCAUCUGACUUCACUAGAAGGAGAGAGGGUCGAGAUGAAGAACACACCCACAUCCAUAUAUACGUCCCUGCUAAGCCCCACGAAGCAGAGGGCACCAGGGGCACGGAACGCUGCUCGCGAGCGAAUUGCCGCUGCUCGGGGAACGCCUCUAGCGACUCCAAGAAGUGCCAGUGUGCAGGAGCAAAAUGCAGCAAUGGCACGGAACGCUGCUCGCGAACGAGUCGCCGCUGCUCGCGCUACGCCUCUAGCAACCCCUCUAGCGACUCGAGGCUGUCUCUGCAAGCGGAAUCAAGACGAAGAAGUGACCCUGAACGCAUCUCGGGAACAGAUUACUGCCCAGGCUUUGCCCCCAGCGACGCCGCGAAGCGCAAGCCAGAAGAAGCGGAAUGCGAUAGUCGCGCGGGAGGCAGCUCGAGCUCGAAAUGUUGCUCAGGCUUUGCCCCCAGCGACCCCACGAAGCGCAAGCCAGAAGAGCUUGGGUGCGAUAGUGGCACAGGAGGCAGCUCAAGUCCAAAAUGCCGCUCCGGAUACGCCCACAGCAACCCCAAGAAGCCGCAGUAUUCAAAAACAAAACGCGAUAGUGGCGCGCAAUGCAGUCCGCGAACGGAAUGCCGCUCGGGCUUCAGCAAAUGGAGGCCUUCAAAAGCAGACCCCAUCAGUAGCACGAAGCGCAGCUCGGACUACUACAGAGUACCAGAGUAUGAGGCACGAACUGGCGGUAAAGAAAGGUCAGAGCUCGAUGGAGGAAGGCGAGAUGUCUUGCCCGAGGCUACGACCAAAGGCAGAGAAUUCCAGAGACAUCAUCAAGGACCUCGAAGCAGUCCUUCGAGGACUAGGAGACACCGGAAGUCCUUCCAAUAGUAAUGAAGAUGAUCGAUUAGUAGUUUGGCAUCCGACACCAAGCGAAGAGAAGGCGGGUCGGAAGCAAGCAGAUGCUAAAGAAAUGAGGGAUGUCAACAAAGAAGCCGAAGAAAUUCUUCAAGAAAUAGGAGACACCGGAAGUCCUUCUAAUAAUGAAGAUGAUCAAUUGGUAGUUUGGCAUCCAACACGAAGCAAAGAGACGGCGGGACGGAAGCAGGCAAAUGCUGAAGAGAUUCGGCGACAAGGCCUGGUGUUAAUCUGGAAGAUUCUUGUUUUGUUGUUCCAUGCUACGUGGUGGUUUGGUACUUGGAUUACUGGUAAUUAG